AGAAAAAAGAAUUACAGUUACAAUAUAUGUCUGUCGUGCACCACGUGACUUCCUUUCCGGUCUACCCUGACAACAUGGACGCCAGCCGCGUGCAGCCGAUCAAGCUCGCCAGAGUCACCAAGGUGCUCGGAAGAACUGGUUCCCAGGGGCAGUGUACACAGGUCCGUGUUGAGUUCAUGGACGACAGCAACCGCUCCAUCAUCAGGAACGUGAAGGGCCCAGUCAGAGAAGGAGAUGUGCUGACACUUCUGGAGUCUGAAAGAGAAGCCAGGAGGCUGCGAUAGGUGCCUGCUGAUCCUGUGAGGUGUGAACUCAACUCCGUGGAGCAGAACACACCAUCGAUGUGACUUGGGAUGGCCAGCACCUCACUUUUUCGGAUGUUUUGAAAUAAAUUUGCUUAUAAAGAUGA